UGUGAGCGCGAGCGGCGGCGGCCGUUUGGGCGGCAGGUAAAGAAGAUAUUGUGCUGUUAUCCAGUUGUCAUAGUUGAUUGCAUUCUACUAAUCUUCAAGACUUGUAUUGGAGUUAGAGUGUAAGUUGUGACAAUGACAACUGAAGUUGGCUCAGAGACUGAAGUAAAGAAAGAUUCUGAGCAGCUGGGACCAGACAAAGCCAAGGACAACCCUGAAGAAGCAUCAGAGACUCCAGAAAAUCCAAAGUCCAGGGAAGCAGCCUCUGAAGAAGCUCAAGAUUCUUCCUCUGUCCCAGCACCAACUAGCCAAAGUAGUCCAAGUAGCCAGAAGAAGGAAAAAGCUUCACCUGAAAGCAAGGGUAUUUCUCGUUUCCUUCCCCCCUGGCUUAAGAAACAAAAAUCAUACACGUUGGCAGAGCCCAAAGAUGAGACCAAGAAAAGGGCCACAGGGGAAGAACAAGCAGUUGAAGAAAGUGAAUGCCAGACGCCAGAGGGGAUGGCUCAGCCAAAAAAGAGCUUAGAAGAAGCAGCAGCUGAAAAUCAGCAUAAUGCUAAAACAGACGACAAAGAAGAAAGCACUCUGUUACCUGCCAAAGAAGAUGGUAAAGAAAUGGACGUAGAGAAAGUUGCAGAGGAAAAAGAAGAAAAAGAAAAAAGGCAGACAAAAGAAGUGCAGACAGCUGAAAUUAAACCAGAAAACAUUCCUCAGAAGUCUCCCAAGAAAAUUAAAACUGUGCAGUGUAAGGUGAUGCUUUUGGAUGGCACGGAAUACAGCUGUGACCUAGAGAAAAGAGCAAAAGGCCAAGUGCUGUUUGACAAAGUGUGUGAACAUCUCAAUUUACUGGAAAAGGACUAUUUUGGGCUGUUGUUUUAUGAGAAUUCAGAACAGAAGAACUGGCUAGAUUCUUCGAAAGAAAUCAAGAGACAAAUUCGAAGUUUACCUUGGAUAUUCACCUUUAAUGUGAAGUUUUAUCCCCCUGAUCCUUCACAGUUGACUGAAGACAUCACUAGAUAUUUCUUGUGCCUACAGCUUCGUCAGGAUAUUGCUUCUGGUCGACUGCCAUGUUCUUUUGUGACUCACGCCCUCCUUGGUUCAUAUACCCUGCAGGCUGAGCUGGGUGAUCAUGACCCAGAGGAGCACCGCAGUGACUAUAUCAGUGAAUUCCAAUUUGCACCCAAUCAGACUCAAGAAAUGGAAGAGAAAGUAGCUGAGCUACACAAAACACACAGGGGCUUGACUCCAGCACAGGCGGAUUCCCAGUUCCUAGAAAACGCUAAGAGACUCUCCAUGUAUGGAGUGGAUUUACAUCAUGCCAAGGAUUCCGAAGGUGUGGAUAUCAUGCUGGGUGUAUGUGCUAAUGGACUGCUCAUUUACAAAGACAGACUCCGGAUCAACCGCUUUGCUUGGCCAAAAAUUCUGAAAAUUUCCUAUAAGCGAAGUAAUUUCUACAUCAAAGUCAGGCCGGCAGAACUGGAACAGUUUGAGAGCACUAUUGGGUUCAAACUGCCAAACCAUCGGGCUGCUAAAAGGUUAUGGAAGGUUUGUGUGGAGCACCAUACUUUCUUCAGACUUCUGUCACCAGAACAGCCUCCAAAAGCAAAGUUUCUAACCUUGGGUUCCAAGUUCCGCUACAGUGGACGUACGCAAGCACAGACACGACAGGCUAGCAACCUCAUAGACAGACCAGCUCCAUACUUUGAACGCACUUCAAGCAAACGUGUUUCCAGAAGCCUUGAUGGAGCUCCCAUGGGUAUCUCAGACCAAAGUCUGCUAAGAGACUUACCUGCUACUGAAGGGCAGGCUGCUGGAGAUAAAAUCAUUGACAUUGAAGCUGCUGGUCAGGCCAAGUUAAAAGAAGGUGGCAGAGAAGAAGAUGGAAGCCCAGUCAAAACUCCGCAAUUAGAAUUGACUCAGGAUGGAAAGAGCAAUUCCUUGAGAGUAGACGGGGAAAAUAUUUAUGUCAGACAUAGCAAUUUAAUGUUGGAGGACCUGGAUAAGACCCAGGACGACUUACUGAAACACCAGGCUAGCAUUAGUGAGCUCAAGCGCAAUUUCAUGGAAUCCACACCUGAACCACGCCCAAAUGAGUGGGAAAAGCGGCGUAUCACACCUCUGUCCCUACAGACACAAGGGAGUUCACAUGAGACUCUGGACAUAGUGGAGGAGAAGAAGCAGGCAGAGGUUGGGAUAGAAGAAACACUAGUCGUAGACGAAACCAACAAAGGGAAAAUGCAAGUUGCCACUGAUGCUGGGGAAACAUGUAAGGUGGAGCAUCUGUCAAAAAAGGACUCUUCAUCAUUGCCAUCAGAUAGUAGCAGCAGCAGCAGUAGUAGUGAGAGUGAGGAUGAAGAGGUGGGAGAAUACCAGCCACAUCAUAGGGCAAUUGAGGAAGUCAUCAGGGAAGAACAGGAAGAAGAGGAAGACAUGAAAAGGAAAGAACAUGAAGAAAAAAUGCAGCAUGUGGAAGCCACACCAGAAGGCAGUAAACUAAACGUACCAGUUGAGCACACACAAGUUACAGCUGAAGAUUUGGUUCAGGAAAAUGCAGUUACCAUAGCUACAGAAGAGAAGAAUUUGUCAGAGGAAAUUAAGCAAGAUUUAGGUGAAGAAAAAGAGGAAGAACAGCUCAAACUUAAUGGAGAUGUGUCUCAUGUUGACAUUGAUGUUGCACCACAAAUAAUUUGUUGUUCUGAGCCUCCAGUAGUGAAAACAGAGAUGGUAACCAUUUCAGAUGCCACACAGAGAACUGAAAUCUCCACUAAAGAAGUUCCAAUUGUUCAAACAGAAACUAAAACUAUCACAUAUGAAUCUCCACAGUUUGAUGGCAGUGCUGGUGGCACUGCUGGUGUGCUGCUGAGUGCACAGACAAUUACAUCAGAGUCAAUUUCUACUACCACAACUACACACAUCACAAAGAUGGUAAAAGGUGGGGUAUCAGAAACAAGAAUUGAGAAGCGCAUUGUCAUUACUGGAGAUGCAGAUAUUGACCAUGAUGAGGCUCUGGCACAGGCAAUCAAAGAAGCCAAAGAACAGCACCCUGACAUGUCCGUCACAAGAGUGGUGGUGCACAAAGAAACUGAACUUGCUGAGGAAGAUGAAGAGUAAAACAAAAAAUGCCCUCAAGCAAAUACUUCAGAAGUGAAAAUGAUACUGACCAUGAUCAUGACCAUGAAGAACUGUAAUCAUUCCAAGUCAUCACUACUCUACCGAAUUCACCAAGCCUGGCAAUGAUGACCAGAUGUUCAAGACUUAAAUGCCAAUACCAAACUCCAUUUUAACAUCUUUGGUCUAUAUUCCCUUACAGUCUUUCUUGUUUAUUUUUUAUAACCACUUUUUAACAAUCUUAGAUUUUUUUUUUUUAAAAUGAAGUUUUAGAGGGUAUGAUCUUCUUUUGCACAAAUGCUUGUAUUUUUGAAGCUAAUUCUUAAUUAUAUGAAAGUGAACAAAAAAGUCUGGAAAGCAUUGUUCACUGGAGCAGGUGGUAAUUGUGCAGGAAGGGGGAUCUUUACUAAUUUAGAUAUAGUUUUUUCCAAAUAUUUCAAGUGAAAUCUCUUAAUGGAGUAAUUUACAGAUUUUUUUUUUUCAGAUUAUUCAGGUAAAUAUAUGGUAUCACAUUACAAAGAUUUUUAUAAAAAUACAACAUUUCCUAAAAUUUGAAAAAAAUAUAUUUCUUUGGAUAAAUUUUAUACUGAUAUCUCUGUAACUCUUUCUGUUCUAAGGUACUCCUCUCUGUGGAGCAGAGAUGGUGUGGCAGUCUGUAGAGGAGAAGGAGUUGCAGACACAUUUCUUCUGACUGAGCACUGUGUUAUUUUUGCACUUUGGUGCCAAUGCUCAACUUUUUGCAGACGUUUUGCUGUCUGCAGCAUUCCAGAUAAGGAAAGAAGGAAGAACAAAAUAUCUUUAUCUUCUUCCAACAAGAGAUGAUCUAGGCAGCUUAAAACCUUAGUGCUUUUUUUCUUACUGUGUCCAAACUUCAACACUUCCAUUAUUUGAAUACAUGUGUAGAAUGCUCGCUUUCUAUUAAACCUCACUGUCUCCAUGUUAGAACUGACGUUUCUGUUAUUGAGAAGGUAUACAUUUCAGAUGCUUCGUCUAAUGGUUAAUGCAGGUUUUUAGGAUACUGAGUAAAAGUGUAUGAUGGACUCCAUUCAUAAAGUAAUAAGACAGUACCAUCGUUUGAGACUGCCAUUGAGAAAACCUGUUAAUUAUUUUGGUUUUUAUUUUUGUUUUGUUCUUGCGCGGGGGUUGGUUGGUUGAGGGUUUUUUUGCUGUCGACUCUGUGUAUAGCUAAAAUGCCAAAUUAGAUUUAUAGCAGCUUGAAGUUGUAUUAAGUGAUAUUUUGCUUUCUGUAAUUCUGUUAUAAAAUAAAGUUGUUUAUUCUCUGUA